CUGCACACUAUUUAAUGGUUCAUGGGAAAGCAAGUUUCUCUCCUGCUCGCCUGCACUUUUGCAGCCAGCUUCGGCAGACGUGGGCUAUGCCGGCAGCGUCCUGACAGAUCUGGUGGGCGCGAGCUGAGGGGACGCCAGCAGCGCGGCCCCCAGAACCACCAGUGCCGCGGGAGAGGCUCCGGGAACCGCCCUUUGCUGAUCCCUAAGGACCGCGUGGGCCCUGACAGGAACUCCACCCGGCCGGAUAGGGGAAGGCCAAGUUUAAACGCAGGGUGUCCAGCCUAGGGCGGGCCUGAAAGAAGCGGAGAAAACCUGCUAGCCGGCCCCACCCGCAGCGCUGACAGAGUAGCCGGCAGCGAGCCGGCUCGGGUUAAUACGCCUGCGCACCCCGGGUCCCGCCCCCACGCCGCCUGCGCGGGCCGCGCGUCCGGGGCCGCCGUCGCUUAGCAACUGCCGAGUCACAGUCGCGGGUCUCCGCGCGCUCUCCUUUCCCGGCUCAGUCCCUGAUCUUCCCGUGAGGCUCCCCGCGGUCUCGCGUCAGGCCCUAGGAGCCCAUGGAGGGAACGGAGGAUAAGCAGCAACAGCAUGUUCAUAUAAUGCAUGUAACUGAAAAAAAAGAAGAAAUCAAACAUGAAAAAAAUCCUGGAAAAAGUAUACAACAUUCAGUUCGGAGAGGACGUGUGUAUUAUGCUAAAUUCAUUAACACAAAUGCAAGAACAUUCAAUGAACCAGUUCCCUACAUAGAUCCCAAAAAAGGGCCGGAAGAGCAGGGUGACUGGUGGUCACAUGGUAAAGACCUGGAGCAUCCCUUCCAACCACCUUAUGACACUAAAAGCACCCAGAGGAGUGACUUUAAAAAAUCAACAUGUCCAUUGGUUUUACCAAUCAAACACAGCAAGUGGCAAAAGCCUUCUUGUGGAAUAGUUCCACUUGCCUCUCCUGAUGCAUCAGCAGAACUUCAGAAGAAUUUUAUAGAAUGCAUCUCUUUUAUACAUAAAUAUGAUGCAAGGAAAACUCCCAAUGAGCCCAUCCUAGGAAAGCGACAUGGAGCAUUUGUGCACACAGAGAUAAAACCAGGGAGUAGGCCAACAAUUCCUAAGGGAACAGAGGUAUUACUGAAUGCUCCAGGGUCAUGCUCAUCAGAACAGCCAAAAAAAACAGAGAAAGGAAAUUCAGAGGAAAGCAAAAUGAUCUCACCCUGUUUCUGCCCACAAAAUUCCCAAGAGCUGUUAGAGACUAAAGCUCACUUAUCAGAAACAGACGUCAGAGAGGCAGCCACGGCAUGCCCCAGAAGUCCUGACAGGGGUGAAGAUUACAGAUGUCUUUCAAACAACUGCAGUAAAUCCACCAAUAAAAAGUCAGGAUAAAUCAGGAUAAAUUACCUUCUUCAGAUAAAAACAUAACUCUUGAAAUGUAGAGAAAUUUCAGAAUCAUGAUACAGGCCUUUGCAUUUGCUUUUUAUCUUAUCAAUAACCCCAAAAAUUUCAACUUACAUAAAUGGGGUAAUGAAAAAAAGGCAAUUAAAAUACACCAGAGUUUUAAGAGUAGUCUCUAGUGAAUGAUAGAUUAUAAGACUAUUUCUAUGUUAUCUUAUAGUACAAUAUUUAUAAACAAAACAACUCUGUUUUGCACAAAAUGAACAUAAUUAACAAAUAUUAUAAAACUUUUAGAGGAGAGGCCCUGUUAGUCAUCACUCAUGGCUCUGGAAUCAAACCAGGACUAGAAUUUCGGCUCCAUCACAUAUGAGCUGUGCAAACUUGGGUAAAUUACUUAAGCUCUCUCAACUUCAGUUUCUGCAUUUGUACAAUUAGGAUAAUAAUACCAAAUUCAUAGCUUUACUAAGCAUGAGAUCAGUAAGUGAAAAAUGUAAUCACAUUACUACUAUUACUACAAUUUGAAUUUCAAUUUAAGGAUAAUGUUCUCCUACAAAUAUAAAUUUUCCUGCUUAUUCUAAAAUUUUGAACUCCUCUAUAUAAAUGAAGAGUGUGUUUCUCAUGGUAUAAGACACACACACACAUGCACAACCUUAAUUAAAAGACAUAUGGGUAUCUAGAAUAUCCAAAUAUUUCCUAAAUUAUUUCUUGAUUUACUUAGAUAAUUUCUAGCAUUAACCCAGCCUUAACUUUUUGGAUGAGUUUGAUACGGUUAAUUCCACUAGCCAUUCUAUUUCAUACAUUUAGGGUACUAAAAUGUAUCUGUUAGAAGCUAUGUUAUGAUGCACACAAGUGGAAGUUGGUGGAGUAUCCCUCUACUGCCAAAAGAGUAUUCAUGUGCCCCACAAAUAUACCCAUGGGAAUAUAUCGGUUACUCACUAUUAUCUUCAAUAUUGAUAAGAUUACAAGUAUAUAUUUUUCCCUUUCUCCUACAUUAAAGAAAUUUUAAAAGACUUUGAACAAAUAAAUGCCAUUACUAUAUAUUUCUGUACUGAGGACUUCCAGUUCUUACAACAUAGCAAAUUAAGGCUAAUAAUGAACCUCUUUCAUUACAAACACCUUGAAAUAUUGAAUAAAAUGAAAUGAACUAACAAAUAUACAGCCAAGGAAACCCUCUUGUUCCAAAAUAGAGAAUUUGCUUUUUUUUGUGAAUCAAUAUACAUCUUGAGAAAAUCUAUCCUUGUCAACAUGUAGACUACCUCAUUAUUUUAAUAGCUUCAUAGUCUGCCAUAGUAUAGAUAUACUUACAAUUGGAACAAUAAAAACGCAAGCUAUGGUGUGUGUGGGGGUGGGAGAAGGACUGUUCGCAGAUUUGGAGAGAGGUCUUAAAGGCUAGGGACUUGAAUUUUAAUCCACAUUGGAACAAAGAUUAAACCUUAUGGCUUCCAAAGUAAAGAACUGGAAUUGAAACCUGCAUAAAGCUAGAUCCCUUAAAUAGCAGACCUAUCAGAGUAGAAAAACUACUCACAUAACCAAGCAGGCAGCAAGAAAAUCUUACCUCUGCCUAGAGCUAUAGACAGUGAACAGAAUAUUUGUGAGAAAGUAAAACUUUCCUUGUGCCACAUUCCAGUUUGGAAACUAUAUUUACAUGCAGCACAUCUCAUGGGACAUAAAAUUAACAUAAAAAUUAAUCCUGCUGGUAAUACUACUGUGAUGCCUGACAAAAGCAGAUGCAAAAACCCCCUGGAGAGAUAUUUCCAGAAUCCACAGAAAAAAACAGUCGCUGCUAAAGAUAAGGUCACAAACAAAAAAAUAUAAAUCACACAAAGAAGAAAACCAAACUGUGUAAGAGUCUACAGUCAACAACGAGAAUGAUUAAAGCCUCAAAAACUGGAGGUAGUAGAAUGAAAACACUUUCAGUUUGAAGACUCUUACCUUUCUUCCAUUCUGGAAAAUUUUACUCUGUAGCCUUUUCUGUGAUUUCCAUCCCCUCCAUUCUCUCUCUUCUCUCCUCCUGUAACAGCUACUAGCUGAAUGAUAGAGGAGUUGCUUUGAACUUCCAUGUCUCUUAAGUUUUCUCUCAUUAUCCUUUUCAUGGUACUUUUCCACUAAGUAAUGCAAGAAUCCCUUGAUACUAACUUUUGACUUACUUGAUUUUCAGCCAUGUCCAUUGUUAUACCAGGCUAUCUAUCGAAAUUUUUAAAAUUUAGUAUUAUAUUUUUAAUUUCCAAGAUCUAUAUAUACUUCCUUGAUACAUGACUCUUCCCAUAUUAUGAAUAUGAUAGCCUCUCAUAUCCCUCUUAGAAUUUUGUUAUUAUGCUUAAAGUCUUUUGUUUGCUCCCUUAAUUGGUCAUUUUUGUUUGUUGAGUAUGAUGCCUCACUUUCUUGGUACUAGAGUUCUCUCAAAAGUUUGGUGAUCCUUGGUUGUAUGCCCAUCUUUGAUUAUGUCAUUUCCAGGUCCCUAUCAGUAUAAGCUGUUUUUGUCUACUAUAGCCUGACUUUGGGAUAGGGUUAGGGUAUGUAGUCAGACAGGAUCUGAGUAUGAUUUGUUUGAUGGGUUCUUUAAUCUUCCUGGAGGUCAGUAGCUACUUAGGCACUGGCCUGGUUUUCCAGCCCCAGUGUAUAUUCAAUUCAUACCACUUCUGGCCAUUGCUCAGCACAUGCAGACCAGGGAGGGGAUGACUGAUUUGCUGCUCCCCAUGCAGUUCACUAAUUUUUCAAAUUGAUAAAUACCCCUUCCAUUUCUUAAUAUUCAUUGGCUCUAAGCUUGUAGUUCUCUCAGACCUACCUCUACACCAGUCAUCACUAUACGUGUUGGGCUUUUGUUUCAUUAAGUUCUGAUCCUCCAAACAUUUGUUCUCUGGUAAUAUUUUUCAGCAUUUUUAAAAGAUGUAUUUCUUCUGAGAGUAAGUUUCCUUGUUUUCUAAUGCUAUUAAACUGUACUUUAUUAUUUAUAUCUACUUACAUAUAUUUUUAUGAGAUUUAAUGGGCAGUAAAUGGUAGAAGUGUAAGAUCAGUCUGUCAUCUUGAGUUGUCUCUAAUUUUCUCUUAUUAUUCACAAAUUCAGUACUUUAACCACUGUACAUCACAAAUUCUCUGCAAUGAUCUCACAAUUGACUGAAGACAUCACUGAGCACAGUCCUUCUGUCUUAGAGAAUAUGUUUUAGUGAGAGAGGAAGAGUCUGGGGCAAAAUAGCCUACUUAGUGGAUGACUACCACAGGAUAGUUGGUGGUUCACAUAAUUUUCAAAUAUGAGGACACAUUUUCUGCAUUAAAAAAAGUUAAUCAUUCCUCACAAAAUAAUAAUUGAACUUUUAGUAUCUAUAGUUUGAGAAAACACAUAAUAACAAAAUGCAAUGAUGAUUUCCAAGUUUACUUCUCUGUUUUUUAACUGCUAAGGGUGUCCCUCUCCACAAUGAAUUCCAUCAUCUAUUAAAAUUAGAACUGCCUGUCAGUACAAAUAGUGCUCUUAAAUUAUACAAGAAUAUUUGAAUGUUUCCAAGUUGCUCCCUUACUAAGUAUUUUCAUAGAUUAAUAGCUUUUAUCAGAAUCCAGGAUUUUUUUUCAAUUUACUAAACCAAACCAAACCAAAAAAUGAUCUCUCAUAUAUUUUAAUAUUUUUAAAAUUUCUAAUGGAUGCUAAUGGUUUUCAACCCUUAACAUUGCUAUUAAUAAUACCAUAAAUUUGUAUAAUGUGUUUUAAGCUUUGAAGCAUUUUCAAAUCAAUAAUCUCAUUUGAUUCUUACAAUUAUCCUCUAACCCAGGGCAAAUAACACAGGCAUACCUUGCAGAUAGUGAAGGUUUGGUUCCAGACCACUACAAGAUAGCAAAUAUUACAAUAAAGCAAGUAAAAUGAAAUUUUUGGUUUCCCAGUGGAUAUAACACUUAUGUUUACACUACACUGUAGUGUAAUAGCAAAUAGCACUGCCUAAAAAUACAAUGUAUACACCUUAAUUAAAAAAAUACUUUACUGCUACAAAUGCUAACCAUAAUCUAAGCUUUCAAUAAAUCAUAAUCACUGACCACAGAUCACUGUAACAAAUUUGAUAAUGAAAAAGUUUGAAAUAUUGCAAGAAUUAUGAAAAUGUAACACACAGAUACAAAGUGAGCAAGUGCUGUUAGAAAAAUGGCACCAAUAGACUUGCUCAACACAGAGUUACCACAAACCUUCAAUUUGUAAAAAAACACACUUUCUGCAAAGUGCAAUAAAGUGAAGCACAAUAAAAUAAGGCAUGCCUGUAUGUCAAUUUUACAGCAAAUAAGGUCUGAGAACUCAAGUAAUUUCUCCAAGUUUGCAGUUGGCAAGCAACAAAGCCAAGUCUAGAGUUUCUCAAUGCUCUGUCCCAAAAAGCAACCCACAAUGCAAUGCUGACCCAUUACAAGUGAAAAAACAAGGAUAGAGUAAAAAGGAUGAAAGCAAAUAAUUUUUAACACUUUAAUUGAGAGAGCAGUCAUUUUACUUGGGAUUUAAAAUUCUCUUUGUUAGCCUUCUUAUCACUAUGAUGAACUAAGUUAAUGUGGGAAGUACCCAUCAUUCCUAACACAGAUAAAUGCUCUACAAAAUAUACUGAAAACAAUUUAAAUAUACAACUAAACAUAAACAAGGAAUUAAAAUCCUCAGGUGUCAGAAAUGAAGAGAACACUAAGAAGUGAUGAGCAAGAGGUACAGCUAAAUAGGUGACUGGAAAAGUGGAAUCAGAAGUUGAACUUAGAAACUGUUUUUUAUUAACUGAGCUGAAAUAGGAGUUAAGGCCCCAUAUGCACUACAACUGGAACUGAGUAUAGAGCCAGGAUCCUAGAAUAGCUUUAAUGCUGUGAAAAGGAUUCUAGAAUACCUCCUCCUAUUAGCCUGAGAAUUAGGGAAGGAAGCAACUGAUUACCACCCAGAUGACACAAUUCCAAACUGAGCUGUGCACAGGAGUGGGGGCCAAAUGUGCAUUCAUGAAUAGUGCAGGAAACCCAAAUCCAGGGAGCAACAGAAAAACUGGUUUGAACCAGAGAAACCUAAUGGACCCUGGAGAAAUAAAAAAAAAACUACCCCAUAGUAAAGCUUUACAAUCCUGGAUA